UACCUAAUGGCCCCGCCCAUUCCGCAACGGCAGCAUUGGAGAUCCCAGAGCACAUGCAAACUGACAGGUUACUUCAUUUGCGUCGGUCUUGCCUACGUCGUUCGUGCCCUCAUAAAGGGACAUCCAUCCACGUCUCCAUCAUUUAUGAACCGUAUCUGCUACAUUGGGUAGCACUUAGUAACUACGCUUCUCAAUAAUACUAAGCUAUCACCGCUAAAGCUCUGCGAAAUCCGAACCACGUUCAAAGAUGACAUAACUUGAUAUAAUUCAAGCCUGAUAUAAGAAACUAUUUUUAACAUGACACAAAAACCAGGUACAUUUGUACCUUUGGCUUCCACUGCUGCCUGAGAGCAAAGUCUUUGUUGCACAGAUCCUUUAAAGAUGGGAUAUGGAAGUGCCAUUGAGUCCGAGACGGGUCAGGGGAAGGAGGUGGAUUUCUGUCUGGGGUCCUGCCAUGCCAUGCACAUCCUGCAGGUCCUCAACUCUUACCGGCAGAGCGGCACCUUGACGGAUGUGGUGCUGCAGGUGGACGGAAAUGAGUUCCCCUGCCACCGCGCCACUCUGAGUGCCAGCAGCCUCUACUUUCGCACCAUGUUCCACAGCCAGAUGCAGGAGAGUCGGCAGCCCCUGGUGCAGCUGCAGGGCGUCACGGCCCAGGCCAUGGAGAACCUGCUCAACUUCAUGUACGUGGGCAAGGUGGACGUGGACGAGGAGAACGUGGAGAGCGUCUUCAGGGCUGCCGACUUGCUGGGCGUGACUAUGCUCAGCAAGGCCUGCGUCCAGUUCCUGGAGAGCCGGGUGGACCACUCCAACUGCCUGAGCAUCAUGAACUUUGCCAGCUCCUACUUCAUUAGCCCUCUGGCCGAGCAGUGCCGGCAGCUGGUCUACCAGGACUUUGUGGAGGUGUACAAGCAUGAGGAGUUCCUCAACCUGACCAAAGAGUGCCUGGUGGAGCUGCUGUCCUGCGGGCAGCUGCGGGUAGACCGGGAGGAGGUUCUGGUGGAGGCUGUGCUCAGGUGGGUUCACCACGACCCCUGCGGCAGGAGUGGAGCUCUGCGGGAGCUCCUGGAGCUCCUUCGGCUUCCCUUGGUCGACCCCGUCUUUUUCCUCAACACUGUGGAGGCUGACGACAUCGUCCAGGACUGCAAGGAGUGCCAGCCCCUGCUGACAGAGGCCAGGAAGUACCACAUGUUCGGGAAAGAGGUGAACUCUGCACGAACGCAGCCGAGAAGGUCAUCGAGCAGAGUUGAGAUGAUUGUGGUGGUCGGCGGCUGUGACAAAAAAGGAUACUCCAUGCUGUCUUUCACCGAGAAGUUCAACCCUCACACCAAACAGUGGGCUGCAGCACCUUCUCUUCCAGGAUAUGCAAAGUCAGAGUUUUCUGCCUGUGAACUUCAAAAUGACAUCUAUGUUUCAGGAGGUCAGCUCAACAGCUCGGAUGUGUGGAGAUACAUGUCACAGCUUGACCAAUGGGUUCGCGUUGCCUCCUUGACAAAGGGCAGGUGGCGCCACAAAAUGACCGCCCUCCUUGGAAAGCUGUAUGCUGUUGGUGGCUACAAUGGUCAUGAGAGAUUGUCUAGCGUUGAGUGCUACAGCUCUUAUGAUAACAAAUGGGAGGCAGUGGCUCCUCUGCUUCAGCCGGUUAGCUCCGCCGCGGUGGUCGCCUGCAACGGGAAGCUGUACGUCAUUGGAGGGGCAAUAAGCGAUGACUCCAACACCGAUCAGGUACAGUGCUAUGAUCCAUUUGAGGAUGUGUGGAAUUACGUGGCGCGCAGUCCAUUCUCUCAAAGGUGCACCAAUGCCACUGCGCUCAACAACACUAUUUAUGUGAUCGGGGGCCUCCUGGACAAGAUACACAGCUACUCUCCAAAAACCGACACCUGGAGCAGUGUUGCAGACUUACCAAUGAAAGUGGAGAGCUGCGGACUGACCGUGUGUGACGGGAAUGUUUACAUCCUGGGAGGGCGUGAUGAGCGCGGCGCCGGCACCAACAAGGUUUGGGUCUUCAGUCCGGAAAGCGGGCAGCUGGCGGAGGAGUCGGCCAUGUCCAGGUGUGUCAGCUACCACGGCUGUGUCACCAUUACCCAGCGGCUCUCCCAGAAGCCCACCUCCUGAAAGAGCCAUGUAAGCUUGUGCCUUACCUCUCCACUGGCUCCUUUGGGCCUUCCUGCAGGAGCACAGCAGGGGAACACUGCAUAGUGAGCUGCUCCUGCUUAGUUUGACAAACAGAAACUGAACUAUUUAACUGUAGCAUCCAACUUUGUGCCUGUGAGAACAUCAUGUCCUGCAAAUCAGUGUUUAUUUCUACAUUUAUUUAAUCACAUAGGCCCCUGAUUUUCUGUAGUGUUUCCAGGACAUACCAUAUUACAGACUUUAAUUGUAUUUAAUUUAAUUGUGUUUGUUAAAAUUGCUGUCAAAUCUGAAAGAAAUCUGUGAAUCACAUUGCUUGCCUACAGGGAGUAUGAUACGCUAGAGCAAAUGGUAGGUAGAAUUUUUAAUAUUUCGUUUCAUAAUUUGAGUUUUCAUAAUAGUUGAAAAAACUGAACACACAAUAGGCAGAACUUCAGUGUUUUUCUGCACGGUUAUGUUUUAACAAAGCAGAAUAUGGCCACAAUUAUGUCCUCCAUAAAAUUAAUGAAGGGUCUAUAUGGUCAGAAACUUUAGGAAGAAGGAGGCCUCCAUAUUGACUGGGCUGGGGACUCCACUGAUGAAGACUAAUUUGGAACAGUAGCACUGUACUUUUGAGGAAUUACAAAGACUACCUGGAGGAGGAGGGUUCAAUGGCUAAAUACAAUAAACAAUUUGUUCAUUAGACCUACAAAGAUAAUGAAGAGGCACUGGUGCAUUUUUAAUAGUCCCAGAUGUUUGUGAUUGUGACAAAAAUCUAAUUGGAAUUUCAUUACACACAUGUUGGAGAGUGAUCUCAUGAUACAUCUAUGGUAUGUGAGGAUGGUAUUUCUUCAUAAUUGCUGUAGUCAAAAGUGGUUUCUGGGAAUGUCUACUCACCAUAUACUUACUGGGUGGCUUGGGAUGUACAUUUCCACUGUGAUUGUGAUGUACAUGUACUUAUGAUGCAAGUAGGUAGUUUAGCCAACAAUGCCAAAUUUUGGGUAAAUUUACCAACUGACAUCUUAAGUUUUUUUUAUCUUGUUACCAGCAACUACUGCACUAGUUAGAUUCUUUUAAACGUACUCAGGGUGUGCUCCAAGCUUGGUAAACUGCUCUCCCGUUCUACACACCUUGGGCAUGGAAUGAGCCACAAAAUACCAUUAUUUUAGAAGUACUACCUCCUUUUAAUACUUUGCAAGGUCUAUUAUGAUCAAUCUUGAAGGAAACCUGUUUCUGUUUCACAUAUCCUUGACUUAAUAUGGACUUGAUGUGGACUGUGUUAUGGAUAUCAUUGGUAUGGAUUGUAUGUUUCUCUUUUCAAAUGCCUCUCUCUCCUUAAUUUUCUUGUAUGUAUUUUUAAAAUUUUAUAUGACCCUGUGAGAUUGCUUUUCAUGUGAACCAUUUUUUGCUGCCAUCCUAACCAGGACUCCCUGGGAGAAGAGAUAAUGUAUCUCAAUGGGACAUUUCUGGCUAAAGAUAUGAUUACAGUAAAUAAAAUAAAGACAUGCGAUGAAUGAUUCCUCCA